GCUAUUGCGACUACCGCGACUGCUAAGGGCACUUAUUACUCAUCUACUCACAUCUCACAUCGCUACUAUCUCUCGGCCAGGGGCUAACAAGCAAGAUCCGAUUCUUCGUCGCCUUACAUCUAUCUGCCUUUCCUCACAGCGGCUUCAACAUUCAUCAAGUUAACAGCAGUGAAACGACAGUUGAAACAGACCCAGAUACAGACCCAGAUACAGAAACUACAUCAGGGUUGCCUCUAAUAAGAGACGAACUAAAGCAAAGGCUAAUCUUUUACUACUGCGGCCAGCACCCCGUCUAGCGAGAACCUUACUGUACCGGUCUCCCAGUCUCCCCGUCUAGCUGCUAAAAUAGCACUCGUUGCUUUCGACUCUAGCAAUCCCAGAGUUUAGGGUACCAUAUCAUAUCAACCUUAUACACCAGAAUAAUCAGCCAAAUCCCUUCUUUAUUACAUUUGUUCGUAAUUGCUAUUAUCCGGAUUAGAUGCCAAAAACAUUAUCCUCUUUACAGUGUUCGACAAUAUUGUCAAGAGCAAGGGCCGCCAUACCUCCUGCAACAACUUCCAACUAGAUAACUUUAGUGGGGUAAACCCUGAGAGACAGACAGAGAGAGUGUGUGUGUGUGUGUCUGUGUUGGAGAGAGAAAGUGAGAGAGUGAGGAACGUACAUACAUCACAGGAAAAUGGGUAAUGUUAGUAGCAGGCCAGAUGAUGGCGCGCCAUUGUACUUGAGGGAUCAAACUCGCUUAACUAUAUCGUCCUUGUCAAUCACCAAUCAGCGAAGGAAAACACUCUUAAACAUUGUUCCAAAUGGCUUUCCAGCAACAAGAGUAUCUGCGAUUCGCGACCUGGGAGACAGUGCUGUGGUGGAAUAUGUCCAGGACCCUGAUACACUUCCUGGCGCCGCUCCCAAUUUCCUCAUCAAAAUCAAUAACGAGGAGGAACUUACCUUCAACUUCACAUUCAUUAUUCGACAAUCGCAAGGAUUCCUACCUGCAACAAACGGCGCAAAAGAUGUGGUCGGAUUGAUAGAUUCAGUUAUAAAUGGACUUACAUAUGUAUCGGCCUCGACGGCGCGAGAAGUAGAGAAUCUAGUCACUCGAGAAUUUCACGCCGAUCCGAAUUUGCACAAGAAUGCCAACGUACAAUUGGUUGGGGAUUAUUCUACUGGAGGCAGUCAAUCAGUGUCGUUCGAAUGGUCUUGGAAAUGGAGGCCUCCAAAGCCAACAGAAGAUCGCGGGGGUGGUUGGAGAAAUAAUUGUAGUUUUCUCGAAUAUGAUCAACGGGCGCAUCGAUUGAAUACUUUGGCUAGCUUCUCAUUCUGGGUGUCAAAUUCUCAACCAUUGAGUAUGCCAGGCUCGCCAUCUCCCCCAUUCCAUCUUGUUCCACCCCCAAAAUUGCGACUUCCCUCUUCUCAAUCCCUCGAUUCUCGCGUGAGCGGACAAGAACUAUCCUACGAAGAUGCACCGCCGUCGCCAAAUCCCCUUAGCCUCGAUUUGGUUGUUCCUCAAAGUCAAAUGGCGGAUGUACCCAAGGUUGAUGUGUCUUGUCAACGCCCGGGUGAAGAUAUGAGCGCCACCGAAGAUGGACCGUUGUUCAGAGCUACCAUGAAAGCGUUAGAGCAAAAAACUGGAAAUAUGCGCACACGGAUGAAGAAAGUUCUCAGAAAGGCAGAGGCAGCGCAAAUUGCUCAGAUGCAAUGCAACGAUGCCAUUGGAGGAUUUAUGGAAGCGCUUCGAGAAGCAUCUAAUUCGAACGCAAACGCAGUUCAGCCCGCUUUGGACCAUUACUUUGAUAAGAUUGCGCGGGAGAUUUUACAGUAUGAGAAGCAGAACGCUCUCAACCUAGAGAAAGUCAUUAUAGAGCCACUUGCAAAACUAUAUACCCUCGAUAUCAAACAAGCUGAAUCAAAGAAACGAGACUUUGAGGAAGAAAGUAAAGAUUAUUAUGCAUAUGUCUCGAGAUACUUGGGCCAACGUCAAGAUUCGCUCAAACAGAAAAAGCGCGUUGAAAGCGACACAAAAUACCAAACGAAACGUCGGAAUUUCGAGCUGAAGCGUUUCGAUUAUUCUUCAUUCAUGCAGGAUCUUCAUGGGGGACGAAAAGAACAAGAAGUUUUGUCGCAUUUGACUAAGUAUGCAGAUGCUCAGACGAGGAGUUAUCUCGCCGCAGCCAAGAAGGUGGAACAAAUGCUUCCACAAUUAGAAGCAUUGAGCGCGGAAGUGCAGGAUGCGGACAAAGAAUUCCAGUACCAGAGGACUGAACGUGAAGAAAAACGGCGCAAUCUCGAGAAGAGUACUAUUACAUAUGUGGAACCUGAGACAGUUCCCGCGGUCCCAGUUGAACCCGUCGUACCUGGAACCUCAAGUUCGGGCAACGGCGCAUAUACAUCAGACUCUGAGCUCAACAGAGCGGAUAGCACUGGGCAUCAACUGAGACCAGUGGCGACAAAUAGUACAAUUGCUACAGUUACCAAUGGCGGCAUGACGGAGUUUUCUAGAUCUCCUGGUAGCCUCUCGUCUACAGUCGGAGGACAAUUAGGAAGCCCCGGCGCAAAUCCUCGGUUUCGUGGCAUACGUGACCUCGAAGAAAAAGAUCACAGUCAAAUCACGACGAGUGAGAAGUUGGGUACGCAACGUAAAGAGGGUCUUCUCUGGGCUUUAAGCAGGCCCGGUAGCCACGUUGAUCCAAGGGGCCUAAAUAAGCAAGCUUGGCACAAAUUUUGGAUCGUACUUGAUGCCGGUAAACUCUCUGAGUACAGUAAUUGGAAGCAGCGUCUAGACCUACACAUGGAGCCUAUAGAUUUACGUAUGGCAUCUGUUCGUGAGGCUCGCGAUGCCGAGCGCCGUUUUUGUUUUGAGGUCAUAACACCUCAUUACAAGAGAGUAUAUCAGGCAACAUCGGAAGACGACAUGAAGAAUUGGAUUUCCGCUAUCAACAAUGCGCUUCAAAGUGCGGUUGAGGGUAGAGGUAUGAAAGAUUACCCAGCCUUGGCGCCACAGCCUGAGCCUCAUUCGAUCAGGAGAGAUAUUGGGUCUAUAUUAACAGGAAAGAGUUCUUCGAUGAACCACGGACAUUCUUCGAAUCAUAGUAAUACUUCUAACACAAAUAAUGUGUUUAGAAGAACGACGGUUGGUGCGAGACCUGCGUAUGGCCGUUCGAAUAGUAGUAGCUUUGAUGAAAGCCCAGAUAAACUAUUACAGCUUCUGCGGGAAACGGAUCAAGGAAACUGCUGGUGUGCAGAUUGUGGAUCUGGAAUCAAAACAGAGUGGGUGUCGAUCAACUUAGCCAUCAUUCUUUGCAUCGAAUGCAGUGGUAUUCAUCGUUCUCUUGGGACACAUAUCAGCAAAGUACGCUCCUUGACUCUCGAUAUCAAUUCAUUUACCACGGAUAUUGUCGAAUUACUUUUAUUGGUUGGCAAUCGUGUCUCCAAUAUGGUCUGGGAAGCUAGACUCGAUCUAGCUACAAAACCCGCUCCACAAGCUACACGCGAGCAGAGAUUGAAGUUCAUCACGGCCAAAUAUGUUGACCGAGCCUUUGUGGAACCGAUCUCAUCCACUCUUUCACGAUAUGCAACGGCGGAUGAGACCCUUCUUGCCGCGGUCAAGAAGAACGAUGUUCAACAAGUGAUAUAUGCCUUAGCGCUCAAGGCAAACCCUAAUGUUACUGAUAAGUCUCGUGGAACUCAUUCAGUAUUCUUGGCUCUUGCUGCUGCUGAUCCAGCAUCUCCAGCACAAGUUACGUCCUCCACUCGAGUCGAACCUCCUGCAAAGAUUGUGCCAUUCCCAAUCGCAGAAAUGCUCAUACAACAUGGGGCUGAGAUCCCAACCUCAUUGCCUGCAUUUCCUUUGAGUCGAAGCGCGACGCUGUACAUCGAACAAAAGACACAGCGUGCAGGAGGCACUAGUGAUACUUUAGGGGCCUUGCCAACCACAAUGACCCCACAGGAGAAGCUUAAGGAGCGGGAGGCGAGAUUGCAGAAACGUGUCAGCGCUGGCGGACGAUUAGCUAAGACGCCCAUCCAGGAACGUUCAUGAAAUUUUUUGAUGGUAUGACAUGUCAUGGUAUGUUAAUGAAUGAUGGAUGAUUUGGGGAUACCAUGGGAUUAGCAUUGUUGGCGUUUUUCGUGUUCUUGGUCGGAAAUAUUUUAUUUUGUAUUAGCUUAGGGUGGCUUGCUUAUAUUAUAGCUGGAAGGGGGACUAGUCGACGGUUGGCAGAUUGGCACAAUGAUGAAUGACAAGGAGGUAUAAUUCAUUGUACUGUAUAGUGAGCAAGUGGUAUGGUAUCGAUAUCCACCAUGGCUUGAAGAAUUGAAAUGAAAGCAGGCAAGCCACUAGAUACCUGGAUUUGGAUAGGUUAGGUUAGGAAAAGGGGAGGAAUAAUCUUAAUGGCGCAUGAGUUGGGUGGAGAUGGAUAGGUUUAGUUGGGGUUGGCUCGAUGGAUGGAUGGAUGGAUGCACAUGCGGUGUGAGAUGGUGGAACGAUGCUUUGUGUGAUACACAUACACAUACACAUACUCAUACUCAUACAUACUCAUACACAUUACGUUACAUUAAAUUACAUCCCAAAUAGUCUAUUGAUUA